CGAGAAUCAAUCGACAAACGCCAAACCACACCCUCCAUUUCUCGCGAUCAACACAUAAAUCGCAAUCAUGGGUAAAGGAAAGCCUCGUGGUCUUAACGCCGCUCGCAAGCUCCAAAACCACCGCCGCGAGCAAAGAUGGUCCGAUCUGUCCUUUAAGAAGCGCGCCCUCGGAACGGCUUUCAAGUCCUCCCCAUUCGGUGGCUCUUCCCACGCCAAGGGCAUCGUCCUCGAGAAGGUCGGUGUUGAGGCCAAGCAGCCCAACUCCGCCAUUCGCAAGUGUGUCAGGGUCCAGUUGAUCAAGAACGGAAAGAAGGUUACCGCUUUCGUCCCCAACGAUGGUUGCUUGAACUUCGUCGACGAGAACGACGAGGUCCUGCUUGCUGGUUUCGGUCGUAAGGGCAAGGCCAAGGGAGAUAUUCCCGGUGUCCGUUUCAAGGUUGUCAAGGUCUCCGGUGUUGGUCUUUCGGCAUUGUGGAAGGAGAAGAAGGAGAAGCCGAGAUCGUAGAUGCUUCCUUGUGCUUGGUACGACAAUGGGCAAUGGGUGUUAUUUUUGCGAUACAUGGGCUUUACGCGCGCUCGGAUUCAUGAUAGCAAUCUAGAGUAGCGAAUAGCUACAGAAGGUCACCAAACAAGAGACAUUCACGAUCA